UGAACAAAAAAUUUUUUUCCCCUCUUCUUGGUCUAAAGAAUAACUAACUUAACUGCCAUUUUCAUUUUCUUGAAUGGACAAGAAAUUGCGAAAGCAAAAGUCUGUUAACAGCCCAAUAAUCCUUUCUUCUCAAUCUCUUGCAUCUCUCAGUCUCCAUGCCUCUAUCACUCAAACUAGGAUUGAUCUUCAAAGUCCAUUCUUCUCUCCUUUCUCUCUCUUGAAAUUUUUUUUUUGUUUAACUCUAAUUGACGCUCAAAUUUAAUAUUUCGUAGCAUUGAAAACGACUCUACUUGGAAAAGCGAACUCUUUAUGCAUAUAUAUAUAUAUUUGUGUGUGUAUGUCAAUAACCCAUAUAACUCCUAUUAUACUAGCAACUUUACCUUAUCAUCCCUUUUGUUUGCUUCAUCUCCUUGAUUGAAGGUAUAGUGGAAGACAAAAUGAUCCCACAAAACCCAGCAAAGCAUGUGCUCAUUCUUUUCCUUGUGUUAACAUUCUUUACUUCUUGUUUUGGCACUUACCAAGAAAACCCAUAUGCUGAUGUUCCUGAACUUGACAAGAAAAUUAGCUCCAAGCCAGUGUAUUCUGGCUUUUCCAAGCUUGUUAGGCACAGAAGCACUUCUACUACUACAAGUUCAUCAAAUAAAGUAGUGAUCAAUGUGGAUGAUUUUGCAGCAAAGGCUGAUGGAACAGAUGAUAGUGAGGCAUUCAACAAAGCAUGGGACAAGGCUUGUUCUUCCAAACAAACUGCUACUAUUGUUGUUCCAAACAGGAUUUAUCACCUUAAACCUAUCACAUUUUUAGGUCCUUGUCAAUCUGAUCUUAUAUUCCAGAUUUAUGGAACAAUAAAAGCUUCUAAUAAAAUGAGUGAGUAUGAAGAUGAUAGAAGACAUUGGAUUGUAUUUGAUAAUGUAAACAAUCUCAAAGUUCAAGGUGGUGGCAUUAUCAAUGGCAAUGGUAGGAUAUGGUGGGAAAACUCCUGCAAAAUCAACAAAGACAUGCCCUGUAAAGUUGCACCCACUGCUGUCACUUUCAAUGAGUCCAGGAAUUUGAUAGUAUCCAAUCUGUGGUUCAAAAAUGCACAAAAGAUGCAUCUCAGAUUUGAGAAAUGUAUUAAUGUCAAGGCUAUGAAUCUCCUUGUGACUGCACCAGGGAACAGCCCUAACACUGAUGGAAUUCAUGUCACUGGCACCCAUAGCAUCAGAAUAACAAACUCUGUCAUAAGAACAGGUGAUGAUUGUAUAUCAAUAGUCAAUGGGUCCAGAUAUGUUGAAGCCACAGAUAUUAUAUGUGGACCAGGACAUGGAAUAAGUAUUGGUAGCUUAGGAGCUGAUAAUUCAGAAGCUGAAGUUUCUAAUGUGUUAGUCAAUAGAGCAACAUUUUCAGGAACCACUAAUGGGGUCAGAAUUAAGACUUGGCAGGGAGGGUCUGGAUAUGCAAAAGACAUAGUAUUUCAAAAUCUUAUAAUGAAAAAUGUGACCAAUCCUAUAAUUAUUGAUCAAAACUAUUGUGAUCAAGAUGAUCCAUGCAAAGAGCAGAAAUCAGCUGUGCAAGUAAGCAAUAUAAUGUACAGGAACAUACAAGGAACAAGUGCUUCAGAAGUAGCCAUGAAAUUUGAUUGCAGCAAGACCUUCCCUUGCCAAGGAAUUCUGUUGCAGGAUAUCAUUCUUGGACUUGAAGAAGAUGAACUUGCUAAAGCUUCUUGUGUUAAUGUUAAAUUGACAGACAUGGGGAAAGUUUCUCCUCAGUGCUAUUGAAUAUAUGCCAAAUUAUUAACAA